AUGACUGACGCGUUUCCUGUCAACAAUGGUAUGACUUCAUUCUGGCGCACCGAGCCCCAUUACCUCGAUAGCCAUCGCUCAACAGAGACAUUGCCCGAUACAAGUGACGUUGUUGUCAUUGGAGCUGGAUAUGCAGGCGUAUCGACUGCCUACCACUGUAUGCGUCUCAGUCAAUCCUCUCCAACUGAGAAACCUUCGAUUGUAAUCUUGGAAGCCCGCCAGGCCUGCUCUGGGGCUACGGGUCGCAAUGGUGGGCAUCUGAAACCUGAUGUAUACUACCAGAUUAGUAGCUUGGCAGGUGAAUAUGGGGUGGAGGCAGCAGAAGAAGUGGCUGCUUUUGAGUUGGCUCAUUUCUCAGCGGUCCGGUCUUGUGUAGAAGAGGAAAAGAUCGAUUGUGACCUAGACUUCAACAACGUCAUUGAUGUGCAAUUUGAUGAUCGCCAUUGUGCCAAAAUCAAGGCGGGAUACGAGUCUCUUCUUUCCCAAGGCGCUGUUACACCAAAACAGGCUGAUUUUUAUCCGAAAGAGGCGGCAGAAGCUGUGUCUGGCGUGAAAAAUGCCUGCGGUUGCUUCUGCUCUCGCACAGGGCGAUUUUGGCCGUAUAAGUUCAUUACACAGCUAUUAGAGCGAGCUAUCGCGGCUGGCGUCAAUCUCCAGACACACACACCCGUACUUGGGAUAUCUGAAACUCCUGAUGCCAAUGGGCGAUGGAAUGUUGAUACUAGUCGUGGUUCUAUUGGAGCAAAAUAUGUUAUUUUUUGCAGUAAUGCAUAUACGUCUGCCAUCGCGCCCGAAUACAAAGGCAAGAUUGUUCCCGUACGAGGAGUCUGUAGUCGAAUUGUGGUACCCUACCCACCGAAAGACCCACUGGAUUGCUCUUACACGUUCAGCUUCAAUGCUUGGGAUUAUGACUACCUAAUCCCCCGACCGGAUGGCAGCAUUGUCGUUGGUGGAGGAAAGUCUACGUUCUUUCAUGACUCCAAUGAGUGGUACAAUAACACGGAUGACAGCAAGUUGAUACAGUCAGCUGCCCGCUACUUUGACAAUUACAUGCAACGACACUUCCACGGCUGGGAGGACACAGGGGCAUAUACGGACCGAGUUUGGACGGGAAUAAUGGGUUACAGCACCGACUCCCUGCCGCAUGUCGGACAGAUCCCCAACAAGCCUCGCCAGUUGAUAAUUGCUGGCUUCAACGGUCAUGGUAUGCCACAGGUCUUCCUUUCAGCACGCGCAAUUGCACAAAUGGUUAUCAGUGGAGCUACGUACGAGCAGACGAAUUUACCACGGCUGUUCAGGACAACACAAGAACGGCUAGAGAGCCAAGAGAACCACAUCUUGGAACACAUGAAAUCUGUCUGA